AUGAGGGAAUACAGCUGGAACAGUUUCAAGAAUUUAAUAUUCAGAAAUCCUGCUGUUGUCAACCAGGAUCCACAUGUGGAUAAUGGGGAUGAAAAUACUGAGCGUGGGAACUGGGCCAGCAAGAGGGAGUACAUGCUCUCUACGAUCGGCUAUGCUGUUGGACUCGGAAAUAUCUGGAGAUUUCCGUAUUUGGUCUACAAGAAUGGAGGGGGUGCCUUUCUUAUCCCCUACUUUGUGAUGUUGGUGGUGACUGGGAUCCCUCUGUUCUUCCUGGAAAGUGCCUUGGGGCAGUUUUGCAGCCAAGGUCCAAUCAACAUAUGGAGAUCAGUACCUAUCCUGCAGGGUGUUGGCGUUGGCAUGGUUAUGGUGACUCUAAUAGUAUCAAUUUACUACAACGUCAUCAUCGCCUAUAGUCUGUACUACAUGUUCGCCUCCUUCCAGUUUCCUCUGCCGUGGUCCAGCUGCCUCAGUCUGCCUGACAGUAACUGCAGCACCACGCCUCAAGUGUACUGCAAUGUAAGUGGUGUUUUAGUGACCAACUGGACUCAGGAAAACAGCACUUGUCCUUCAUCUGACACAGUUCCCAUGCAGAGCCCAAGUGAGCAGUACUGGGACCGUGUGGCCCUGCAGAGAUCCAGCGGCCUGGAUGAAACAGGACCAGUAGUUUGGCAUUUGGCUCUCUGUCUGCUGCUGAGCUCCUUGAUUGUUGCUGCAGCGCUCAUCAGAGGCAUCAAGUCAUCUGGCAAAGUGGUUUAUUUCACAGCCACGUUUCCUUACGUGGUGAUUCUGAUCCUGCUGAUCAGAGGUUUGACACUAGAGGGGGCCAGAGAUGGGAUAGAGUUCUACAUUGGUUCCCAAUCCAAUUUGACUAAAUUGACAGAAGCACAGGUCUGGAAAGAUGCAGCAACUCAGACCUUCUACUCUCUCUCGAUUGGCUGGGGUGGAGUCAUGACUCUUGCCUCCUAUAACAACUUCCACAACAAUAUGUUCAAAGAUGCAUUUGUUGUGACACUUACUAAUGCUGGUACCAGUGUGCUUGCAGGCUUUGCCAUAUUUUCAAUCUUGGGUCACAUGGCUCACUUCCAACAAGUGCCUAUUGAAAAAGUGGUCAAGGCAGAAUUUGGACUGGCAUUUAUUGCAUAUCCAGAUGCUUUGUCGAAGCUUCCCAUUUCCCCUCUGUGGUCAAUUUUGUUCUUCUUCAUGCUUUUGACUGUUGGUCUGGACUCUCAGUUUGCAGGAAUAGAGGUGAUCACAACCUGCCUGCUUGAUGCCUUUCCUCAAAUCUUCAAAUCCAAACGAGCAUUAUUGACCAUAGCGAUAUCUUCUGUUCUCUACCUGCUGGGCCUGCCAUGUGUCACAAGGGCAGGAAUAUACUGGGUGACCCUAAUCGAUGGGUUUGUUGCUGGCUGGGUGCUGCUAGUUUUGGCUCUCUUGGAGAUCAUUGGUGUCUGCUACAUCUAUGGGGGAAAUCGUUUCAUUAAAGACAUUGAAAUGAUGAUUGGAAAGAAGAGUUUCCUUUUCUGGCUGUGGUGGAGAGCAUGUUGGUUCUUCAUUACCCCCUGCCUUAUAGUGGUGAUCCUGAUCUGGUCCUUGGUGUCACUCGAGUCACCCUCCUAUAGUGGAGUCCAGUUCCCAGAGUGGGGUUUGGCUGUGGGCUGGUGCAUGACUGUAUUUAUCCUCCUCUUGGUUCCUAUCGUCGCUGUGUAUAAACUGAUGAAAGCAGAGGGAAGCCCUUGGAAGCGUCUGAAGUCAUUGUGCUCUCCAGCUGAAGAGUGGCAUCCCUACCUGGACAUCCAUCGAGGAGAGCGCUACUCCGAGCAACGCAUCCGCCUCAGGAUGAGCCAUAAAACCGAACCAGAAGCAAAUGUGAAUGUAAUCUCGAGCUCAUGGCUCUGA